UUGGGACCGCCUUCCAGGCUCCUCCUCCCUUCCCACCCUUUUUAUAGUCCCUGAAGGGGACGCAGUCACUCUGCCUGGGCUCACUGCUCUCACCAUGGCUCACAUUGCCAAGUCUUUCUACGACCUCAGUGCUAUUAGCCUGCAGGGGGAGAAGGUGGACUUCAAUACGUUCCGAGGCAGGGCAGUGCUGAUUGAGAACGUGGCCUCCCUCUGAGGCACAACCACUCGGGACUACACGCAACUCAACGAGCUGCAAUGCCUCUUCCCCAGGCGCCUGGUGGUUCUUGGCUUCCCUUGCAACCAAUUUGGACAUCAGGAAAACUGUCAGAAUGAGGAGAUCCUGAACAGUCUCAAGUACGUCCGCCCUGGUGAUGGGUUCGAGCCCACCUUUACCCUUCUCCAGAAGUGUGAGGUGAACGGUGAGAGAGAGCACCCAGUCUUCGCCUACCUGAAGGACAAGCUUCCCUACCCGCAUGAUGACCCAUCCUCUCUGAUGACCGACCCCAAGUUCAUCAUUUGGAGUCCAGUGCGCCGCUCAGAUGUGGCCUGGAACUUUGAGAAGUUCCUUAUCGGGCCAGAGGGAGAGCCCUUCCGACGCUACAGUCGCACCUUCCCAACCAUCAACAUUGAGCCUGACAUCAAGCGCCUCCUCAAAGUUGCCAUAUAGGCAGGAGCUCAGCACACAGACCUCCUGCUCCAUCCAGCCCCCAGUACCUGUCCUGACAUUCAGCACAUUUUCUUUGAAAUCUUGCCUUUCCAGUCUGCCUAUUUCCUUUCCCUCCCCCGCCUUCUGGCUGGUGAUUCAACCUGGGCCUCCAAAACCUGGAGGGGGCUCUGGGCCUUCACAGAAUGAUGGCACCUUCCUAAACCUACAGGGAUGGUGUCUGAGAAGUGUGAGGGGCUAGAGCAGCCUUCUGGAUGAGUCAAUAAAAAAGGAAAUAGCCAGG